AUGAAUCUUUCACAGAAACUCAAAACUUUAGCACUUAUAACCAAAGAUGAAAAGUUUUAUGAAUCUCUCGACAAGCUUGAGACCUUACCACGUGUCGAAAAAGAAAAAAAAUUUAGAGAACUUUUAAAGAAAAUAGAUAUUUCCGAGUUCGGUUUAAAUCGUGUAUGCCUUACUUCCAAUAGCGAAGAUUUAAUGGAAUACCAGAUGUAUGAGAAUCGCAGAAUGGCAAUAAUGAAACGAAUCUUUUCAUUCGCAAAACAGCAUGAACUUGAGCAUGUUCCCUUUGAGUUAAUGAGUAUUCCCAACAAUAAUAUUAUUGGGUCUGGCUUAGAUGGUAAACAACUCGAACAAGUUCAUAAACAUAUUUGUAAAGCUGAUAUCGCAUCAAAAGAUUGGCAGCCUGAUUAUGUCAAGGAAAAAAGAAUACCAUCAUUUCUUUUAGAAAGUCCUUCUACACCUUCGGUUAACCCUUCGAAAAAAGUCAAAUCUUUAUGGGGAAACAUGCCCGCAAUUGAUAUUGUUAAAAUAGCUUUUAAUGAACUUGCAAACGGAAAAUCAAGCUUUAAUAAGCCCAUUAAUCUUCUCUUUGCUGCAA